GUUAAGCAUGGCUCGCCUCACGUUGCUGGUAACUCUUGUUGUAGGCUUGGCCUGUCUACUGGGCCACUCUCGGGCCACGCCGCUCUCAUCAGGUGCUAAAGAUAUUGCGAAUGCUCCCCAAAUACCAAACUUCCCCGGACCAGGAGAAAUUCCGAAGCCUCCAGGCAUGCUGCACAGUCGGGUAACUCGCGAUGUGCCGCAAGAAUUUCCCAAGCAGGACCAGUUUCCACCACCACCGCCACCACCGGAGAAGCCCUCAACGGUUUGAAUUACAACCAGCGGCAAUCGAUUCCGUCGUGACGCAAAGGAACUGAUCGUCCCGUUUUUCGAAUCUAUCCAUUCGUCAUGGCCAGAGGCACCGCGCGAAAAACGAGCCGCCAAAGGUACCGGAGGAAAAUGGCCCAGGAAGGCUGGAUAAGUGUGAGGUUGGUCGGACGCAUGCUGCACCGAACCAACUUCCAUCUAUCAAGCUUUACUGCCCCUUUUCUCAGCUCCUAGUAACGUAUAUUAUCGGGGUGUAUCUUAUAACAAGCAUAUGUACUACAAUGCAAUAAACAU